AUGGCAAUUAGGCAAUUGCACGUUUCUUCUGAAAAAGACUCUAUUGAAUUAAUGGCAAAGCUAAGAGGUUUGAAAAUUGGAAAGAGUAAAAUUCCUCUGAGAUCGCUUUGGCCGGUAGAAAUGGAUAAUCGUAAACGUAAGAAAUUAUUGGAUAAGGUUUCUAAGCAGAUGACUCAAUUAAAUCGAAAAGGUUACGGCGGCUUCUACGAUAGAAAAAUUGAAGAUAAGAAAGUAACUUACCGCUGUCAAGCUGAUGCUAUUAUAGCAUUGAUAUGCUUAGACCAAUUUGAAAUUUGUACCGACCAGCCGAUAAAUAUCCAAUUUGAAGGUAAAGAUUCUAAAUUUAUGUAUGACGAAGUCUUUCGAAUUCGAAAUCUUAUUCAAAAGCAGCAGAAUGAAAGCAAUUUAUUAGCAUUACAACCGGAUACAAGUUCUCCAUUGCCAUCUAAGUCAAGAGAGACUGCAAGUACCAACUUACAGUCUUCUUCACUCCGUUCUUGUUCCAAAUCGAGUACCAGCUCAAAAAAAGGUCAGAAAAAGGAUCAAUUUGCCAAUACUAAGAAUGGAGAUGAUGGAAUCAGUCAAAUUGAGAAAAUUGCUCAAGACAGUAUAAAGCAGAAAAUAGAUGGCAGAGGCAAAUUAAAUAAAAGUAAUAGUAACCGAAAUGGAAGAAAUACCGGGGGUAAAACAGCAGCUAUUAAAAUAGAUCGAAGCUAUAAAGGUGACCAAACAUUUAGCAAAAAUCAGAAUCAAGGAGGAAGACAAGAUUCUUAUCCAUCUAGCAGCAAGCUGUCUCCUGUAAAGCCUAAAUCCAUGAUCUCUAAGCGUACGAUCGGUAGUGACUGUGCGAAAUUUUCAGUAUCAACGAAGGCAACAAUUGAGGAAGAAUAUACUUUUUCGGAUAAAGCUUAUUUUCUUAUGCAAAAAAUUAAUCUGGAACAAAGAAUUAAGGAUAAAGGCUACGAAGUCUCUUUCACCUUUAGGGAUAGAGAAGAUGGCGGUAAAUUACUUGCAAGGAUGAUAGAUGGUAGUCAAAGUUACAUUAUGAAGGAAUUAUUUGAUUUUUUUAACUUAAUGGAUUCCAACCAAGAUUUACCUACUAGAAUAUGCAAAUAUCUAGCUCAACAGACCGAAAUGACGGAUAGUAUUAACAAGAAAUUAAUUGAAAAUGGUAUAUGUGCUGUAAUUAUUCCAACCAACACGAAUGCUACUAUUUCUGUCAUUGCAAAGAAUGCGACAGAAUAUGAAAAGGUUACGGCGGUAUUGUUAGAAAUUUUUGACACUAAAUCAACAACCGUAUCUGGUGAAGCUUUCUCUUUUCCACAAGAUACCGCUAUACUUCUUUCUAGUAUUCAGCAAGAUAUUGCCAUGAGUAGCAAGCUCCUGCUAGAAGCUGAGCUAAAUGAUUAUACUAGCUCUUGCACCAUAACAGUUACAGGGCCUCGUAAUAAUCUUCAUGAUGUCAUUAGAGCUAUUCAAGCUAAAUUAGAAGAAUACAAAUUGAUAAAAUUUGAUAUUACGGAUACUCCUGUUUUGAAAACAGAAUAUUUGCGUACGUAUCUAAAAGAUAAUAUUCGGUCAAUAGAAAAGAUAUUUGGCUGUCGAAUUGAAGUGGAAGCAAAACUGGAUAGCGAUUCUUGGCUCAUGGAACGUUGUAAAAAUAUUAGCAUCAGCUGUUACCAAAUCUAUAAAAAUACUAUUGAAAACAGAAUUCGAACAAUUUUACGAGGGAUUACCGUGCAAAAGGAAGAUGGUAUUAGUAAAUAUUCGCUCACUGGACGAUUACUUAGCUCUAGUAGAAAUAAAGCUAGGUUACAACGCUUACAAGAGGAACUACACUGUUUGAUUGCCAUUGCAGGGAAUAAAGGCGAAAGUAAGUGCCAAAAGCCUUCAGCUAAUCCUCGAAAUGCAUUUCUGCGAAGAACAGAGCCAAAGAUAGGGAAAGUUGCAACAAAAGGUGUCGUUAAUUUGACCCAAGCAACUCCGCAAACUAGCCGCAGUAAGAGAAAAAUCAACAAUGUUGCUAUUAAAUUGGUGAAAGGAAGAAUUGAACAAGAUGGUGGAGCAACUGCUGAUGUUAUUGUCAAUUCUGUGAGUACGAAUAAUUUUUCAGAAGGUAAAAUUGCAGCAGCAUUAUUUAAAGCUGGUGGAACAGCCUAUCAACAAGAAUGUCGUACCCAGUUGCAGUUUCCACAAGACGAUAGCAUUGGUUCUACAAAUGGCCAGUAUUUUGGUUGCAAGAAAGUAUAUCACAUUCCAUUCUUAACUUCUGAUAGAUCAAUAUCAUGGCUUAUUCUACGUAUUGAAGACUGCUUAAGGAAAGCGGAUAGAGAAUCGAUGCGAUCGAUAGCUAUACCUAUCAUUGGUACAGGACAAUUAAAACUCGAUGUCCAAGAGAUCGCAAGGAAAAUGACAGAUACAUCAGUGAAGUUUGCUUAUAAUCAAACAGGAAGCCUAAGAGAAAUUUACUUUAUGGUCUUUCCUACCGACACAAACGUCUACAACGCGUUUGAAUACGUACUAGAAUUAAAUAAUCCAUUAGAAGUUCCAUUACAUCAUCAAACAGAUUUACUUGAUAAGAUAACAAAGUCGACAGGAGAGACUCCUGUAGAAGAAAAUUCCUAUAGCGCACUGAAACUGUUAUUUUCAGCUCGAUACGACGGAACAGAAGUACCAAUCUCCAUCAAUGUCUAUCAUGGUAAUGCCCACAAUGCGACUACAGAUGCUAUCAUCGAUGUAACAUCAUUAUGUGCUAAACAUUCCAAUUUAGAUUCUCAUUUAGAUAUUAUGCGCUACAGCGAUAGUAGGCAUACAUCACAAACGUUAAGAAUAUUAUCUUCUAAAUCGCGCUCUAGUAUCUAUCAAGUUUGUCCUUAUGGUUGCUUGCCCGGCUUUGGUACUAUAUUAGCAAUCAUUAAUGCCCGUGAACAAAAAUCGAUCACGAUUCCCUUAUUAAGUAUUGAAAUAAAUAUUAGUCAUGUUUACCGCUUGAUAGGUGCUAUAGAAACAUUUUUAGCCAACCACCUGGAUGAAACAAAUUAUGUAAAUUGUUUUAAUUUUGUCAUUGGAUAUGAAGAUCGAAGUCAAGAAUUUGCAACCUGGGUGCAAAUGCAAAUAACUAAUAAGUCUUUACAAUUUGGAUGGCAAAUUAGUCAACACGUAGCAGUAACAGAAUUUGGUCUUAAUAUAAUUUACGUCGCUGAAGAUCAAUCUGUGAUUUCAAAGUUGAAAUCCAAGAUCGAAGAAUAUGCUGAUUCUUGGAUAUGCCACAAGAUGAAGGAUGAAGAUUAUUUCAAUUCUAUUGAUCAAAAUCGCUGGAAUCGACUUGUGCUGCAAUUUUGGUCAGAGUAUAAUACAAUUCUAGUAAAGCAAGAUGGAAAUAAAACUGUGUGUAUAUCUGGACUCGAAAAUGAUAUACUGAAUGCUAUUUUAAGCAUCAAUAAACUAAGCCAAAUUUACUUCGAAGAGAAAGCUUAUAAUGAAGUAGAGAAAUUUGCAGCCGACUCGGCCCAGUGGCAUGCAAAAUUUGGACAAUCCAGAACUAACUUUGAUGUAAAGCUAAACUAUGAAAUUGAAAAAAAUUAUAAGACCUAUACUAAAGAUAAGACCAAGAAGAUUUUUCAAAUUGAUGCAACAACUAAAACUGUUGAUUUCGGUCGAAUGUUGAUCAGGCUUGCUGAUGGGACACAGUGCUCUAUAGGGAAAUUGUCAUCAGAAGAUUUUGCUAUACCUGAUAGCUGGGAAAAUACAAAUGAAGAUGAAAUCAAAGAUGGCUACUUCCGCAUAAUCGACGUUAAAAAUCAACGGGAGAUUAAUAGCGUAUCUAAUCUUCCCGGAUUGAGUGGCUAUAAAAUUAGGAGGUUGCAAAGAAUCCAGAAUUGGAAUUUAUAUCGACGAUAUCAGAUCAUGAAAACUGAGGUAGCUACUGCUGUUCAGAAAUAUAAACCAGGCGCCCAGGUAGAAAGGCAGCUAUUUCAUGGUACUUCUAGCCGCAGCGUUACAGCGAUAUGCAAGAGUGGUUUUGAUAGAGAUUUUUCUGGAACAUCUGCUGGUUCCGGAUAUGGUACAGGAACUUAUUUUGCUGUCAAAGCUCACCUUUCGCAGGGUUUUGGUGAUUCCUUGUUACUAGUGCGUGUUCUAACAGGAAUCUACGGCUCUUCAAGCGGCAGCGGUAGGCCAAAUCUGUCUAUUAUUCCGGGAAGUCAAAAUGAACGUAUACAUUCAGUGGUGGAUAAUACAAGCAGUCCUUCUAUGUAUGUUGUAUCUAACGACAACUCUGCUUAUCCAGAAUAUAUUAUUCACUUAUAA